CGGAGCCCAGGAAGGAACAUGGCGUACACGCAAGGAACAAAGAAGAAAGUGUGCUAUUACUAUGAUGGCGAUGUUGGUAAUUAUUAUUAUGGGCAGGGGCAUCCAAUGAAGCCUCACAGGAUCCGGAUGACCCACAAUCUGCUUCUUAAUUAUGGAUUGUACAGGAAGAUGGAAAUCUAUAGACCGCACAAAGCCAGUGCUGAAGAAAUGACGAAAUAUCACAGUGAUGAUUACAUAAAAUUUCUGCGUUCAAUCCGGCCAGACAACAUGUCUGAAUACAGCAAACAGAUGCAAAGAUUUAAUGUUGGAGAAGACUGUCCUGUGUUUGAUGGUCUCUUUGAGUUCUGCCAGUUGUCAACAGGAGGAUCUGUUGCAAGCUCUGUUAAACUAAACAAGCAGCAAACAGACAUUGCUGUAAACUGGGCAGGUGGACUUCAUCACGCCAAGAAAUCUGAAGCAUCUGGCUUUUGCUACGUUAAUGACAUAGUGCUUGCCAUUCUGGAACUACUUAAGUAUCAUCAGAGAGUACUGUACAUUGAUAUUGAUAUUCAUCAUGGUGAUGGUGUGGAAGAAGCUUUUUACACCACAGACCGAGUCAUGACUGUUUCUUUUCAUAAAUACGGAGAAUAUUUUCCAGGGACUGGGGACCUGAGGGAUAUCGGGGCUGGAAAAGGUAAAUACUAUGCAGUAAACUACCCAUUGCGAGAUGGAAUAGAUGAUGAAUCCUAUGAAGCCAUAUUUAAACCAGUCAUGUCUAAGGUUAUGGAAAUGUACCAGCCUAGUGCUGUUGUCUUGCAGUGUGGUGCAGAUUCACUUUCUGGGGACAGACUUGGGUGCUUUAAUUUAACGAUCAAAGGACAUGCUAAGUGUGUGGACUUUAUGAAGACCUUCAACCUACCACUGCUGAUGCUGGGUGGCGGUGGCUACACAAUUAGAAAUGUUGCCCGCUGUUGGACAUAUGAGACAGCUGUGGCUCUGGACACAGAGAUACCUAAUGAGCUUCCAUACAAUGACUACUUUGAAUACUUUGGCCCUGACUUCAAACUUCACAUCAGCCCUUCUAAUAUGACAAACCAGAAUACAAAUGAGUACCUGGAAAAGAUCAAGCAGCGACUGUUUGAGAAUCUACGGAUGCUUCCCCAUGCGCCUGGUGUACAGAUGCAGGCAAUCCCUGAGGAUGCUGUUCAGGAUGAUAGUGGUGAUGAAGAUGAUGAUGAUCCUGACAAACGUAUUUCUAUUCGAUCUUCAGAUAAGAGAAUUGCAUGUGAUGAGGAAUUCUCAGAUUCAGAGGAUGAGGGUGAGGGCGGACGUAGGAAUGUUACCAAUUUCAAAAAAGCAAAGCGUGCCAAAACGGAAGAUGAAAAAGAUGGCGAAGAUAAAAAAGGU